UUAAAAUAUUAUUACAUCACCUAACAACCGUGUCCACCCAAAAAACUAGGGAAUUCUUGGAAGCUAUCUGGCAGUUCAAGCUACAUACAAUCUUCCUUUGUUUCUGCUCUGUUUCAGUCCCAAGCUGACAGAUUUAUGUCUGUAUAUUUUAUUCUUUUGUUUCCUUCUUCCUGAUCAACAGACUUGAACCAUUGAGCUUUAUUUUCAACUCUGCAACCCCUCAGCCUAACACUUGCUCAAAUGGCCACUAGCAGCAGAGCAUCCAAGCCAGGGACAGGGAGGCAACUUGGAGAACUCCUCCAAGAACAGCAAGAACCUUUCACCUUAAAGGUUUACCUUUCAGAGAGAGGAUGUGUGAAAAAGAAGUUAAUUUCAGGAGCUCACUUCAUCAACUUCAGCUGCUGCCAUGGCAAUUCAGGCAGGUUUUUAAACAAGUCCGGUAGUCAAAACGAGGACAAGAAGGGUUCUCCACAAUUUCCCAAGGUACUUAAAGUUAUACUACGUAACAAGUUCUUUAAAAUGAAAGGCUUGAGAACCAAGAAUUCCGAUAAAGAUGGAAAGCUUAGUGUCACUGAGAUGGACAUAUAUAACCAUGGAACAGCGGAGGCAGAAAGAUUUUCCUCCGCUAGCAGCGCAACAGUGUAUGAUUCAUGCCCAGAUAGUGACACAGAUGAACCGCCGGUGUUUGCCGACACUUCCAUAUCUGACUGGAAACUCCACGAUUAAGGAAAAGAAGGCUGACGCAGGUACAAAGUUUGAAUGGAGUUGCAUGGAAGAAAAUAAACAAUAAAGCCCUCGAUCAGUAUUAGAACAAGUGUCUACUUCUACGAGCUCCCCACCUUAUAAUCGUUAGUAUCUUUAAAGUUGCUAAGCUUUCAUAGUUACUUCCCUUCCGAUUACAAUUCGUUACGAAUUCAUUCUCCUGAAGUUAAAAACAGCAAGACAAGUUUCCUGCAAAAGACUCUUCUGGACUAAGCUGCUAAAGCUGGACUCAAUCUUCUCAACUUGGCUAUUGAAUUUACUUCUUCAAACCAGACCAGUGAAAUCAAGCAGUGGAGGGUUAAACGAACUACAAGUGCCUGAUUGGUCUAACUCUUCCCGAUCGUCAAAUCGAAAAGGGUUCUGCAACGAAAAAAACAGCUUCUCUUUGACUGUAUUAGGGAGUUGGAAGAAAUUAACCAUGACGAGGAAGAGAAAGGCAAAGGGACUAAAGGGUCUGCUGAGGAGAUUCGAAAGGUCAGGUGUGAUACUAUGAAGGGACGGGAAAACGAUGCGGAGAUGAAUCAAAACAUUAAGCGAUUGUUGGAAUUAGAUAUACUUAAUUCAAUCGAGGAAUGGGUGAAUGAUUUUGAAUCCUGGAAAUGGAAUAUCGGGAUAGUAAUUGGAAACGCCAUUGUAGAUGAGAUUACAAGUGAAAUUGUGAAGUCCUUCCUAUAUAGUUGAG